CAUCAUCAAGAACAGCAUGCAAAGGGGAAACAGUUGCACAUGAAAUGUGAGGCAAACAAGAGCACAACACAAGAGGACGGAAUAAACUACUGAUUCGCCUCCUGAACUUCCUGGACAUAAACCAGCUAUGGCAACGGUGAAUUGUUCAACAAAUCAGACUAUCUCAACCUGUGAUCUAUACGAACACCAAAAUUCAGCACGUAUCUUAUUGCCUAUCUUCUACAGUGUUAUUUUCAUAAUUGGAAUACUUGGAAAUGGACUUGCUCUCACUGUGAUCAUCAAAAACAGAAAAAAGAUAAAUUCGACUACUAUUUACUCAACAAAUCUUGUCGUGUCAGAUAUUCUUUUUACUACAGCCUUACCUACAAGAAUAGCAUACUAUGCACUAGGAUUUCACUGGCCAUUUGGAGAAGCACUCUGCAAGGUCACUGCACUUGUCUUUUAUAUCAACAUUUAUGCAGCUGUGAACUUUAUGACAUGUCUGAGUAUUGACAGGUUCGUAGCUGUGGUCCACCCUUUACGCACCAAGAUCAGAACAGUGAGAAGUGCCACAUAUAUUAUUUGUUUUGUGUGGUUUCUUGUAUUGGUCCAAACUCUCCCAUUAGUUGCACAACGCAUGUCAUACGAGGAAGUCAACAGGACUACAUGCAUGGAAUAUCCAAACUUUGAACAAAUCAACCAUCUCCCCUGGAUACUUCUUGGUGCCUGUCUUCUUGGAUAUGUAAUUCCACUUGGGAUUAUACUAGUCUGUUAUUCUAAAAUUAGUUGUAAACUCUGUCAAACUUCAAAAGUAAACCCAUUAGCUGAAAAAUCAGGAACAAACAAAAAGGCAUUUAAUACAAUCAUUUUUAUCAUUGUUGUCUUCGUUAUCUGUCUCACACCAUAUCACUUUGCCAUUAUUAUAUACAUGAUUAAGAAGCUUGUGCUCCUUUGUAUUCCAUGCUGUUCUCAAAAAAUCUUCCAGAAGACCCUCCAUUACACUGUGCUCCUGAUGAAUUUAAACUGCUGUUUCGAUCCUUUCAUCUAUUUCUUUGCAUGCAGAGGAUACAAGAGAACAAUAAUGAAAAUACUGAGACGUCAAGGAAGCAUUUCGUUAUCAAGUGCUGUCAAAACAGUUCCCGAUGAAAGCUCACGUGAUAUUGGGGAUGCACAGCUUGCUCCCCUUUCAGCAUCUUUAAAUGGAAAAAGGUGAACACAAAUUAACAUUUGAAAACAUACUUGUUUUAUCUUGAUUUCAGAAAAUUUUGGUAACAGCAAAAGCCACGAACUUUAAAAAGCCAAAAUUUGGAAUCUUCUAGGAGAAGGUUUUGUGCCACAUGUUAUAGCAGCAGCAGCAGCAAGAAAAUGAACAUUUUUGGUUCCAUGUUAUGUUUUUUCCAGAAUGUUUUCACCACGGAUCAUAGUAUAUCAUGUAUAUUUCCAUUUUUGAAUCUUGUUAACCCAAGCAAGAGGGUUGAAUCACUUUUUGAACUAGUUCUCCAACAAAGAAACAAACAAUUUAAAAUUAAAUUGAAUUUCUUCUAA